CGUGACGCGCCGCGCGGGCGGGAUCAUGGAGCGGGAGGGUGUCGGCGGUGCUGCGGAUGCAUCGGGGCGGGCAGCGGCCGAGCCCGCGGGAGCCGUGGCCAUGUCUUCCAUCGCCUCCUACGAGAGCCUGGUGCAUGCCGUGUCCGGGGCCGUGGGCAGUAUGACUGCAAUGACUGUGUUUUUUCCUUUGGAUACAGCUAGGCUUAGACUUCAGGUUGAUGAGAAGCGGAAGUCUAAGACAACACCAGCAGUCUUACUGGAAAUAAUCAAAGAAGAAGGCCUGUUGGCACCAUAUCGAGGAUGGUUCCCUGUUAUCUCCAGCCUUUGCUGUUCCAAUUUUGUUUAUUUUUAUACAUUUAAUAGUCUUAAAGGUCUCUGGGUCAAAGGUCAGCAUUCAACCACUGGAAAAGACUUGGUUCUUGGGGUUGUUGCAGGUGUAGUGAAUGUUCUCUUGACCACUCCUCUUUGGGUGGUGAACACGCGUCUGAAGCUGCAGGGAGCAAAAUUUAGAAAUGAAGACAUCGUACCAACCAAUUACAAAGGCAUAAUAGAUGCCUUUCAUCAGAUAAUACGAGAUGAAGGAGUCUUAGCUUUAUGGAACGGUACUUUCCCCUCCUUGCUUCUGGUCUUCAAUCCUGCCAUACAGUUCAUGUUUUAUGAAGGCUUUAAACGGAAGCUUUUGAAAAAGCAGCUGCAACUCACAUCUUUGGAUGCUUUUGUCAUUGGUGCAGUAGCCAAAGCAGUUGCCACCACCCUCACUUAUCCUCUGCAGACAGUACAGUCAAUUCUGCGGUUUGGACACCACAGGUUGAACCCAGAGAACCGAACUCUAGGCAGUCUUAGAAACAUUCUUUACCUUCUUCAACAGAGAGUGAGGCGUUUUGGAUUAAUGGGACUCUACAAAGGCCUUGAAGCAAAGCUCCUGCAGACAGUCCUCACUGCUGCUCUUAUGUUUCUAGUGUAUGAGAAACUGACUGCUGCAACCUUCACAGUCAUGGGAUUAAAGCAUUCUCGCAGGCAUUGAAAAAGGGACCUAUGCCAAAGAUUAUGGGGUCUAGAAAACACAUACUGUUUCUAAGACCAGACUGGGUAACAAAGGGUGCUCACUUCCUCUAUUUCUUUUUAGCCAUCUCCAUUAUUUGGAGAAAUUUGGAAUACACUCUAUAGGGCCUGUUAUCAGGAGUUCAGGAAUAGCCCAUUCCUUAUUCUUCUGUGGACUCAUGGUGUUAAGGAACAAAGCAGAGACCUUAUUUAAGCAGUUGAUGUGAGAUUUUAAUGGUUUGGUUGACAUUCUUGACAAGAACUAGUCUCUCUCACUUUGCUUUCUUGUUUUCCCUCAAAUAAUCCUUAACUAUUCUUCUACCUUUACCUUCUGUCAGCAGCUGCUGGGGCUGGUUUUAUGCUAUUCCUUGUCCUGUGUUUAUGUCAAUUCUUAGGUGGUUCAUUAAAAUAGUUCAUAAAUAACAAG